UAAUAAAGUUACCAAAUAUUUCGGUCGAAAAACUCAGUUGGCCUAAUUCUUUUGUCUGGGCCACUUGACCGUUAUUCUUAUUGCAAUUGACGGGGGAAAUCGCAUUAACUAUUAUUUCUGGUCGAAUCCACUUGAAUUUGGAUAUUAUUCCAUCAAGAGACUGCACCUAAAUUUAAAAUGGCUACGUUGUUUAUUAACUCAAGCGUGGAAUACGCAAAAAAUCUCCUUCCAGUCUCUUUUGUGAGGUCAGUAGCAACUAUCCAAAGAACGAUCUCCCGCCGUAUCUUGCCACAGCCCCAGCCCCGUUCCUUUGAGAUAUGCACCAAGAGUCGAAAUCUGAGGAGAGAGGUCGUGGUCACCUCCCUGGAUGACCUUCUGCACCGGACAGCAAGUGCCUUCCUGCUGACAUGGCAGUGCCUCAGCCUGGUUCUGGAGGACGAUGGGACCGUGGUGGACUCUGAGGCCAUCUUCCAGUCCCUACCGUCCAACACUCGGCUCAUGGUGCUGCAGGAAGGAGACACGUGGCUCCCAGUUUGCCCAAGGCAGGCAAAGGAAAAUGGAGUCGCCAAGUUGAGUUUUCACCUGUACAAGUUAAACCCCAAGGAUUUCUUUGGGUGCCUCUCAGUCAAUGCAGCGCUUUAUGAAAUGUACACACUUUCAUACGAUUUCAAAUGCCCCAGGGCCAAGGAUAUGUUGACAUGUGUACUUCGUUGCCUGAUGCAUGUGGUGAAAGGGGCAGGAGAGCUACUCCUUUCUGUUUCUUCCUACAUAUUCCAGUGCGUAGGGGAGGACAACGACAACUAGCCCUGUUUGGGGUUGUUAACAUUCAUCAGGUGUUAACUGUAUUAAUGAAACUGAGACAUUGGCAAGAUUCCAAGCUUCCCUUCUUGAGACACACACAGGCCUUGUUAUGACUUUUAAUUUAGCAGCUGUGCUUGUAUGUGAAUUAUAGACAUGAAAUCAAGAAUGAAUUCCAACUUGCUUGGACAGUUUCUGGUUGAGAUUCAGCCCACAAAGUGGCGAUGUAGGGUUUAGGAUUUUAAAGUCAGUUUUUGAAAAAGAGCGAAGUUGUGUUUGCCUCAAAGAUUUCACACACCAUGUCCUCAUUGUUUGUCAACCGUCGGGGUUAGUCUGAGUGGAUGGGUCCAUUCCCUUUCAGUUGAAUGUCCAUCUACUGGGAAAUAGUCUUGCCUAUAUUUCUCCCAUCCUCUCUCUGCACCUUAAGAGAAAAUCUGAGAGGUGUGACCUCAGACCGUCUCGAAUAUAGUAAAGAAAUGCCUUUAAUAUAUUACCCAGGACACAUUAAAAGCCCAACUGUCUGGGACUGUAAUGUCAUUUAAAAAUGUAUUUGAAGCAGUUAGAAUAAAAAAAACUAUUUUCUCAAAUAAAGAAUUGUGAAAUUCCA